GGGGAAGGAAAUGAUGACGUCAGAGUCAUAGCUUUCGCGUUCGAACUUUUCGGAGGGUGUAAACCUCGAUUUAUAUCAAUUUUCACAAUGUGCUGACAGUUUUGAAAUAUCGUGGGGAUAAUAUGAUUUUUAUGUAAACCAUACUUGUUCAACUCAUUAGAGUCAUGCUUCGAUGUAUUCCAUUAUUUCGUAGUUGCAACCGUCAGGUUGAAUACAUCGAUAAGAGGCACUGUAGCUUAUCAAAUGUUCCCGAUGAUGUUUUGCGCUAUGCUCGAACUCUUGAAGAGUUGCUUUUGGAUGCCAAUCAUAUUAAAGAUCUCCCAAGGGGCCUUUUUCGGUUAGUUAAGUUACGCAAGUUAAGCCUUAGUGACAAUGAAAUUUACCGCAUUCCACCUGACAUAGCUAACCUCAUCAAUUUAGUAGAGUUUGACAUCAGCAAAAAUGAUAUUUCUGAAAUUCCUGAGAAUAUCAAAUUCUUGAAAUCACUUCAGGUGGCUGACUUUAGCAGCAAUCCUAUUGUAAAGAUUCCACCAGGCUUUUCACACUUGAAAAACCUCACGGUGUUGGGUUUAAAUGAUGUUUCGAUAACACAACUGCCCAGUGAUUUUGGCAGUUUAACAAAUCUUCAGUCCCUUGAAGUUCGAGACAACAUUCUUAAAACCUUGCCACCCUCAUUUACAUUUUUGGUGAAACUAGAAAGGCUGGAUUUAGGAGGGAAUGAAUUUGAAGAAUUGCCUCCACUCAUUGGCCAGCUUACAAACUUACAGGAAUUGUGGGUAGACUGUAAUGAGCUCAUCACUUUACCACCGGAAAUAGAUAAUCUGAAGCAGCUGACAUGUCUGGAUGUCAGUGAGAACAGGUUAGAGGUACUACCAGAGGAAAUUGAAGGUUUGGAGAACCUUACUGAUCUACAUCUUUCACAGAAUUGUCUUGAUUCUCUGCCAGUAGGAAUUGGAGAGUUACGAAAACUUACCAUUUUUAAGGUUGACCAAAAUCGUCUUCCGGAGUUGACACCAGCUAUAGGUAACUGUGUGAACCUUCAAGAAUUAGUGCUGACUGAAAAUCUGAUCUCUGAAUUACCUUCGUCCAUUGGUAACUUAGUGAAACUGACCAACCUGAAUGUGGAUCGUAAUAGGUUGAUGGAGCUGCCACCAGAAAUUGGAAACCUUACGAACCUGGGUGUUCUCUCUCUUCGUGAUAAUCGGCUUACUUAUCUACCUGCAGAAACAGGAAAUCUAAAAGAACUACAUGUUCUGGAUGUUUCUGGAAACAGGCUCCAAUAUCUUCCACUAAGCAUCACAGCACUGAACCUUAAAGCCCUCUGGUUGUCUGAAAAUCAGUCGCAACCAAUGCUCAAGUUUCAGACAGAUGAGGACGAAAGAACUGGAGACAAAGUGUUAACUUGUUUUCUGCUACCUCAACAGGAGUAUCAUACAGACAGCCUUGAAAACUUGCUCCAAAAUAGUACAGAUCAAGACAGUAGGCUAAGUUGGGACCAGCGAGGAGGUGAGAGGAUGUCAGCAGUCAAGUUUGCAGAAGGAAGUGAAGAUGAUAAAGAAGAAAAGGAGACACAGUUUGUGAGACAUGAUACCCCUCACCCUCGUGAGCUGAAAGCAAGACAUCCCAAACUGUUUGUCCAUAAAGGUAAAAACAUCGAUGGCCAUGUAGCUUCUCAUGAAGAGAAAGAAGAUGCUGUUGAUAGUUUUCGUCCACAACGAGCCAGUACUGGUUCUGCAGCAUCAGAAUCUUCAGAAGCUUCUAUACAACAACCCAAAGAAGUGACUAAGGAAGAUAUUGUUCAGGAUGGACCUCCCAUUUCAUCUAGCCGAGUUGCUUGGCUACCACAGCCUCGGGAAAACAGGGCUCAUUCUGAAUCAUCGGUAGAGCAGGACACCCAUUCAUUAAUGAUUAAUUACUUGAAAACUUUACUGGAAGGAGAACGACGUGUUGGGUUUACUUCAGACACAGAAGACCAGCCUGAACGUCACAAUAAACUUCAUCGUAGAGAUACACCUCAUCAUCUAAAGAAGAAGCGAAUAAAUAGAGCUAAUGAGAAAGAAGAUCAGGAGAAAGUAGCCUCUAUUCUUGCUAGAGCCUUAAGUAAAGAUGAACAAAAAGACCUGGAAAGUAUUCCUACAGUACACCAGCCAUCUGAUGUUAGGUGGAAUAGUGGAGUUACAGCUACACAAACAGUGAUAAUAUCAGAUUCUUCAGACCCUAUCAACAUGGUCCAGGAAAAACUCACAAUCAAUUUACAUAGGACACAAGCAGGUUUAGGUCUCAGUAUAGCUGGAGGAAAGGGCUCAACACCAUACAAAGGUGAUGAUGAGAGCAUUUUUGUCUCUCGGGUAACUGAGGGUGGACCUGCUGAACAGGGUGGUUUACAGGUGGGAGACCGCAUCCUCAGUGUUAAUGGUGUUUCUCUUGAAAUGAUAAACCAUUUUGAAGCUGUCGACAUACUGAAAACCAUUGGUAACAACAUUACAUUAGAGGUCAUCAGGGAAUCGCUAGUUUCUCAGGAUAUAUCCAGAGUGGACAAGCCUGUAGUUAAAUUGCAGCCUAAUGGGAUUUUGACUAGAAAAACUGAGGAUAUCCAAACUUCAGUGGUAGAAAGUAGACCACAGCAAAUGCAUGUUCCUGUAGUUCUAGAAACUAUGGAAACAAAACAAGAAAAUGGGGCUCAAAACUGGAGCAGUAAGCCACAGAACCUAACUGUGCCUAAUGCAGCAGGUGGAGACCGCAGCCUUAUUCUUUCUGGCCCUCCAACACCCGAACCUCGUACACCAGAACCAGAGUUUGAAGUGAAACGAGAGAGAAUCUAUACAACGCUGAUCAGGGACCACACUGGGCUGGGUUUUAGUAUAGCAGGAGGUAGAGGGGGUGAAGCUUAUAAAGAAGACUGUGAUGGUAUAUAUAUUUCAAGAAUUGCUGAUGGUGGAGCUGCAGGCAAAGAUGGCAAACUGAAAGUUGGUGACAAAGUGCUUUCUAUUAAUGGGGUGGACAUGGAUAGUGCAAGGCAUGAUCAAGCAGUUGCCAUGCUGACUGGGUUAGAAAGAUUUGUUCGACUUGUUGUGCUCCGAGAACAGGUUGUACUCAAGGAUUCGAAGAAUCCAAAAGACCCAGAAAAGACUCAGUCUAACAGCCAGAAAUCUCCAAAAGUUUUUGGCAGGCCUCGUCCCUAUACAGGAUUUUAUUCAUCUAGCUCAUACAUGGCCAAUCGUCCGUCCUACACAGGUAGUUACAAAAGGCCCGACAUAUCACCUGGUGGAGAGACUGAUGUUAAACCAACUUACUCUAUUUUUACUAAGCUGCCAGGCUUACGGAAUGAGACCACGGGGACUGUUUCUUCUUCAUUAGCUAGUGCUCCAACAUAUCUUGGUUCUCCGGUAAACACUACGUCCACCUUGACUCUACACAACAGUCAUCAUACUGUCAGUAGAUGUUUCUCAGAACAGAGCCCUACAGCUUCAAGCAAUAUAACUCAGGCUUAUCAUAAGUCCAACUCCCAGAAAUCACCUGCUGAGCUGGGUUUACCAAUACAUUUUUCUGAUCCUGCUCACAUAAAUAGCACCAUUAAUGUUUUGUCGAAAGGUACAAUCCCUACUUCGAAUCCUAAUCAUCUUAACUUCAGUACAGCUGUUUCCCAGAAUUUUGAGACACAAAAACAUCUCAGAAAGGCAAAUAGUUUGGAUGUUGCAAUUGAAACCUUACCAUCUCAUCAAAAUAACAACCCUAUAUGUGUUUCAACUUCAUUAGAGGAGGAUGUAACACUGGUGAAAGCUGGUGGACCCCUUGGGCUAAGUAUAAUUGGAGGCUCAGACCAUUCGUGUCAUCCAUUUGGUGCUGUGGAACCUGGUAUUUUUAUUUCUAGAAUUGUUUCUGAUGGUGCUGCUGCAAAAACAGGGAAACUUAGGAUUGGUGACCGUAUUUUGAAGGUAAAUGGAAGUGACAUCAGAAAAGCAACACAUCAGGAAGCUGUCAUGGCAUUGCUAUCUCCUGUAGAACACAUGAAGUUGACUGUGUAUCAUGAACCAUUACCCUUGGGAUGGCAGGAAUUGAAGAUAGAAAAGAAACCUGGGGAAAAGCUGGGAAUGACAAUCAAAGGUGGCACUAAGGGUCAUCCUGGAAACCCUUUAGAUAAAGAAGAUGAAGGAGUCUUUAUUUCUAAGAUUAACUCCACUGGAGCUGUGUAUAGAGAUGGAAGGUUAAAACCAGGAACAAGGAUAAUUGAGGUGAAUGGUAUCUCAUUACUCGGAGCUUCUCAUCAGGAGGCUGUGAAUGUUUUGAGAAAUGCUGGAGAUACAAUUCAACUAUUAAUUUGUGAUGGAUAUGAUCCUGCAGCUGUUGCAAAUACCAUCCAACAUGAUGACAACAAACCAGGAAACAGAAUAUCAGUCAUGUCUGUAUCUUCUAUUGAUCGAGAUGAUGAGGACUUGCUCAUUCUCAAACAGGAGCAAGAUACGUUGAGGGAAGCUGCUGAAUGGGAGAAGGAAGAUAAAGAAAAAGCUAAUCAGUCAAGACAAGAUCAACUUCAAGAUGAAGAUACAAGAAGCUUCCACUCUCUUCCUUCAAAUGGAGCUAUGGUCACAACAUCAUUGAAGGUUGAAGAUCAAGAUAAAGUUUCGGCUGAGCUUCCAAGCAUCAUCAAACCAUUUCCAGUAGUUGAAGAUGAUAAUAGUCCAGUUCACCUAAGAGAACCCAAGCCACAUAUCUCCGACUCGUUUACAAAUACCACCCUAUUUUCUGUACACCAGACAAGCACGCCUUUAGGAUGCAAGAAUCCCCCCACCCACACUUCAUACCCUCCCAUCCCACCUAAACCUCUCAUUCUAGACACCAGUGGUUUGAACAGUAGCAACAACAGUUCGCCAGUUGUUGAUCCCAUUGGAUUCUCUAGGCUGCCUGGUGCCAAACCUCCUAUAGCUCCACGUCCAAAGAUGAUUAUUAAUAUGUCUCGGACCAAGGAAAACAAAUUUGGAAAAAAAGUGAAUGAUGGAAAUCCAGAAAGACUGACUUUUAGUGAGAAGAAGCGACGAUUUGAGCAAGAUACAAAACCCACUUCAAGCUCUGAGAAAAAACACUUUAGUUAUCUUUCGGAAGAUGAGAUUAGUAAAAUGCAAGAAGAAGAAGAGAGAAAAAUGGCCUCCAUGACUACGGAUCAGCUUCACUCCUUCCACUUGCUGGAAGAUGAGGAAGAAGAUGAAGAUGAGGAGGACACAAGACGUAUGAACAGUUAUGGACCAGAUGAGGUCGACAGGUUUUUGUCUGUCCAGGACAAGACACACAAAACCCAGCCGAUUUCCUGCAGAGUCCAAGAAUCCCCAGGUUGUCCUGGAUCACCUUUGUUUCAUGACAGUCAACAAGAAGGAAACUGUGUGGUUAUACAUACCCUAGAGAAUUAUAAAGAAAGUCCUGACAAGCGUAAAGAAAAGGUAAAUUUAACAGCUGAAAAUAUGUUGUCUUUGGAACUUCAGGGUGAGGAUAAAGAAAGGUCAAAUGGGCUUACAGAGGACUGCUCUACCAGUGAACCACAGAGCCCCAUCACAGAAAAUGAAAACAAUGUUAUAUCAACAGCCAAUCAUAAAUCUGGGUCCCCUGGGAAAAAGAAAAAGAAAAAACGCUCUAAAAAAUAAGUAACAGUUCUGGAAUUGGUAACCAUCCUUUAGAAGCUAAAUAAGGCACACAAGUAGUACAGAAUGAUCAAAAUGUUUUUGUAAAUAACUUUUGACCCUAUAGGAAGUUUUAGCAAGUUCUUAGUGUUGUGAAGGUGUAUGGUUUUAACAAAGGGUUUUAAGUGUGUACAUUUGACUACUGGACUCAUCAUACAUGUACUGUGUUAGACUAGUUUUAAUCAUCUUUUAGAUAUAACUACAUUUAAAGAGGGCAAUAAUUUGAUGCUAGUAUGGAAUUAUAUAAAGCUCGUUCUUUAACAGUAAUUUAGCUAUGUAGUGUGUGUUUUAAUUUCUAUUUUGUUAUAUAAAAAUGUGAUUUGGUUAGUUAAGUAUAUUAUGAAAUAUGAACGUUUGCCCUUAAAACUGUCACAUAACUUGAAUAUUUUUCAAAGUUGCUAUUUGUCCAGUAAUAUUUUGUUGAGAAACUUCAAGUAUUGUAAAUUUAAAUAAGUAUAACUCAAAUUGUUUCAUUUUAUAUCCUAAAUAACUUGCACAUCUGUUUGCACUUAAUUUCUGUGAAGUAAUUCCCAUAUGUAUUUCUACUGUGUUUUUAUUAGGUAGAUAUGUUACCCACUUUGUGUGUUGUUAAAACACUAACUAAAUUCACUUUUAAUAUAUUACACCAUAACAAAACAUGUUUAAAGGAUAGUUGAAAAAAAAAAGAUUUAUUGUGAUUUAAUACUGACAUUUUGUAGGAUUAGUUAAAAUAUAUUGGAGGUAUUCAUUUAUGGAAGGUGUUAACAAAUUAUGUGGCAGUGAAAAUAUUACCUUCUUUAGGACAUGCAUGUGGAAUGUAAUAUUGUGGUUACAGUUGUUGUGAUCAGAACAUAAUUAUAUAUAUAUAGUUUAUUAUAAUUAAAAACUUCACUUAACCAAGGACUUUUAAGGUGUUUUCAUUUCACCAUGAGUGUGCAUUUUCAUUAUGUGAGGGAUAUGUAUCUUCCAAGAAAACAAAAGCUCAAACAAGGCAGCUUCUUAAAGCUUAGAAAUGAGUUGUGUUUGUUUCUGAAGCUGAAUCAGUAGAAUUGUGUAUAUAAAUAUGAAGACUGUGUUAUUAGAAUGUAUGUAUUUAUCAACUCUAUUCCCUGCUUACUUUCAACAAUGUAACAAGUAUAGUUUGUGAUGUUUUUACUAUUAUAACUCGUAGUAUUAUUUUGUGCAGGUUUAAUACUUGAAAUCACCUGAUUUAAUAAAAUAUUACACUAACAAAUUAUUUCAUUGCUGUUUUAAAUGUUUUUGGUUUUAAAAUGUUGCACACUCUUGACAUACAUUUUUAUAAUCUUUUAAACUUGUACGAAGUGUAUAACCUUACAGAAAAAUAAAUCAUAUUUUGUAUAAUUGGGUAUUAGAACAAUAUUUAGAGCAGGUACUGCAUUAUCUACAAGUUUUCAAAUUAACUGGCAAAAUUUAAAGAAUCUUUGGCUUGUUUUUAAUUUUGUGCCAUAUUAGCCAAUUUAUUUCAAUAGUUAUAUCCAAAUAUUUUAAAAAUUCAUAUUACAUCAAAUUAAUUACUAAUAUUUGCAAACAUUUAAUCUCAAUUUUUAUAAAAUUGGUAACUGAAAGAAAUUCAUGCAUGUUUUUGCUUAGUGUACUCGUAUAUGGUUUAUGAUUAAAUAUCUUAUAAUUGCAAAACAUUCUAGAAAUUAGGCUGUAGCUUGCACAUCAGUCAGACUUAUAAAUUGUAGUUGAAUGGUUUUGUUUCUUUGAUGUUUAGUGCUUGAAUGUUCUCUGAUAUUACUUUAUUUAUGCUUGCCAGUCAGUUAUAAUGUGUGUUUUUAGUGUUUCUAUAAAGCCUGUACAUGAAAAUAGCAAAGACACAAGUGUAAUAGUUUUGUGCAUAAUUUAGAAUAUAUAGAUUGAUACAGUGGAAAACCAGUUUUUGAAAGUAUUCUGAGGAAAAAAUUCAAAUUUUUCAUUGAAGGUGGGACAGCUUUAGAGUACAAGUUAGAGUUAUGAGCAGGUUAAGAUGUAGAUGUGAUAAGGGUUUUCAUAUAGGUACUUUAUAGCUGGUCCAGACAGCACAUUGACAUUUAUAUGUAUUGUUUCUACAUAUGUAUAUUUGCUAUGUAAUGUAUGUGUGUUUCUUAAUUAAAAUGUCUUAAUCA